GUCGUGCGGUAAACAAACAGGUCAAACAAUGACAACACAUGCGACAGGAAGGAAUUCUGAAUUAUUGCUGAGGACAUAAUGAUUUAGUUGUACGUGUAAAACUGCAGCGUGUGUACGCAUUAAAAUAAAGCGUGUGUAGAGCGAUUAGCUGAAGGAUGUCAGGAGCAGCACGGUUAGCUGCAGCAGGAGCUUCGGUGUCGCAGCUGUCGCGGUUCUGCGGCUCUCUGGUCGCUUCAGUGGUCGGUGAUUGUGUAGGCGGUGAGUUUGAAGGAGCUGAAGAUGUUCCACUAGACCGAGUUCUUCAGCAUCUGAGUGGACUGGAGGAUGAAACCCGGGGUGACGGUAUACUGCAGUACAGUGAUGACACAGCCAUGAUGCGCUGCGUUGCCCAGUCACUUCUUACCAGGAUGGGAUUUGACGAACAAGACAUGGCUCGCAGAUUUGCAAAGGAGUAUAGCCUUGCUCCAGGUCGUGGCUACGGAGCAGGCGUGGUUCAGGUUCUGCGAAAGCUUGCGUCGCCUCAGCUCAGUGACGUCUUUCAGCCAGCACGUGCUCAGUUCGGUGGACGAGGCUCAUUUGGGAACGGAGGAGCAAUGAGAGCUGCACCCAUUGCUCUUGUCUUCAGAAAUAUCGCUGAUGUGAGAAAGUAUGCAGGGUUUGGUGCAAUGCUCACCCACUCCUGCUCUCUGGGCUACAAUGGUGCUGUGCUGCAGGCUCUCGCAGUUCACUUGUCGCUGCAAGGUGAUCUGGCCUUACCACAAAACUUCAUUAAUAAACUUAUUUUGGAAAUGGAGGAAGUGGAGAAAGACGAGACAGCCCGCAGCGACGCCAAAGUGCUUAAUUUAGUUGAGUUUCCAUAUUGUGCACGUUUGCACAGAGUCAAGGAGCUCAUGGAGAAGAAUAGCGUGAGCAUUGAGGAGGUCAUUUUAGAACUUGGGAAUGGCAUUGCAGCCCUUGAGUCUGUGCCCACAGCUAUCUUCUGCGUGCUGCACUGUUUAGAGCCUCGGGAGGGUCUGCCAGAGCAUUAUGGUGGCCUGGAGAGGACAAUAGCUUACAGCUUAGCCUUGGGAGGUGACACCGACACCAUCGCAUGCAUGGCAGGUGCAAUUGCAGGUGCCCACUAUGGCAUAAGUGCCAUUCCUCAGAGUUGGCUGAAGCGCUGCGAGGGUGCAGAGGAAGCUCAUCAUCUGGCUGAGCGUCUUUACAAACUCUACGUCACGCAGACAGAGGAAGUCAGGGUGACUACGAGUGACGCCGAUCAGCCACGAGACAGCCAUCCAUCUGAAAAAUACUGACUGAUCCAUUGCACAUUACUACAGAUAUAUAUGCAUGGGAUAUGUCACACAAGCAUAAAAGUCAGAAGAAUCUAAGAGUCAGGAUCCUGAGAAACUGUUGUCUAUGUCUGUCUAUGUAAAUCACAAUAAAAGAACUAAGUCAGUUGAUAUUGUCUGUUAAAUGGUGUAAAGUUCCUUUUAAUAGUUAAGAAACUUUUGUCAAAUGGCAUCUGAUAUAAAUUUCGGCAUCUGAUAUAAAUUUCAGCAUCUGUAAAUAAAGCAUCUGCUCAAAUGAA